AUGGAGCUUGCUACCUUGCAUGGUUAUUGGGAUGGAAAGCCUUUGUGUUUUGGUGGAGAUUUUAAUGAGAUAAGAUACAUGGUGGAGAGAAGAGGUUGUCGUAGAGUUUUAAACUCAAUGAAGUUAUUAGAUGACCUAUAUAAUGAGUUGGACCUUGUCGAUUUGCCUCUUUCCCGUGCGAAGUACACUUGGAGUAGACCACCUAACAAGAAGAGCAAAAUUGACCGCUUUAUAUUCUCUUCGAAUUGGGAAGAUCAUUUUCCAAAUAUCAACUUCAACCGCCUUGCAAGACCUUUUUCGGAUUUCCUAUUGGGCACGGCGGGUGAAUGCUUUUCAAAGGAGUUACAUGCUUAUAAGGAGAAAUUGAAGAUGUGGAAUCGAGAUGUAUUUGGGAAUAUUGAUAAGGCAAUUGACUCGGCGCUUACCAAGAUGAAAGAGUUAGAUGAACUAGAUGAUGAAAGGGGUCUUACCGAAGUUGAAGAAAACAUGCUUGUGACGGCUAAAGUAGAGUUUGAGGUGGCACAUCGUCGACAAAACAUAAUGUUGAGACAAAAGUUAAGAAUUAUAUAUAUUAGGGAUGGCGACCUCAACACCAUAACUGAGUGGUGA